GGUUAAAAGGACCGUUCAAAAUUCAGCGAAAACGACAUCUCAGAAAGGCAAACAUCACACCGUAUCUCCUGAUCGGACCUUCCUUUCAUGUAGUCGGUAACCAAAAAACCAAUCUCAUGAUUUUUACAUUACAGCCUGCAUGUGGUCUCAAAAAAACCUUGUAGGUUAGAGCUGGCAAAAGGUCAAGGAAUCUAUGCGCUAACCACAUGCACUGAAAAACAACCAAAUGCUCUGCUUGCCGUGGCUUUUGCUUUGUCCCCUCCUCUUAUCCCCCCAGCAGAAUCAUCGGUCGUGCCAAAUAAUAGCACUGAAGCAAAAUUCUUGUCUUAAAUUUAUCUAGAUACGAAUGUAUCUAACACUAAGAUGUGACUCGAUACAUUUAUAUGUAGACAAAUUUAAAACAAGAAUUUUGGGGCGGAGGGAGUAGCACUGAAGCAAAAGAUUUCAUACUGUUGCUUUAUUUUUUGAGUGGUGCCAAUGGACAACAGUAUUGAUAGAGAGCACUAAUCAUGAAUGUGAGCUGACAAAAGAGUGAGAAAGGCACACAAUAGUAUUAUAUCAGAGUACUAAUCCUGAUUUUGUGGGCUAACAAAAGAGUGGGAAAGGCACACAAUAGUAUUAUAUCAGAGUACUAAUCCUGAUUUUGUGGGCUAACAAAAGAGUGGGAAAGGCACAGCACAAAGCACCUCCAGCUCACAGCACCCCAGAAAGAACAAAGCUCAACUGGUGCCACCAUGAACUCCAGCCUCCAGGAAUUAUAAGAGGAGCCUCCCGCACAGGCUGAACAUCGGCGUUUCUCUGUUGGUCACCAAUCCCAUCUCAAGAUGAGGAAAGGCGCUCUCGCUCUCUACCUCCUCCUGCUCCUCGCCUUUGCUUCCCAUGGCGUAUGGUGUGCAGCAGCUGCAAGGAGCGCCGUGGCCGAGGAGGAUGCAGCACAUCAUGAUCUGAGGCCUCAUCACCACGAAACCCAAGAGGGGAGGAUGCAGACUGCCAGGAAGGUUGGGCGCAUGGCAGGCGGCUCUGGGGAAGCCAGUGGUAGGAACACCGGUGGCGCCGCAGACACAGGGCCGCACAACACCAAGAACGGCGGCACUGUGGCCCUGCCGGCCGCGUCGACCUCUGCUUUGGCGCUGGUUUUCACAGCUACCGUCCUUCCCUCGACGCUCAGCUUCUGAAGGUGCUGAUCUUGUAGUGUUGCGGUUUCAGAAAUUUGUUUGCCUCAUGUUUGACAGUAUCGGACAGUUGUGUUUACUGGCUAGUCUCCAUCCUGUCUGUGCAAGUUAUUGGAUUCUACAAGUCACAUCCCCUUGUUUGUUGUCAGUAAAACGAUGAGGUAGGAAUGCCAAAGUUCUUCUACAUGGAAAUCCACUGGUAGGAUAUAUUCAGGGAUCUACAUGUUAUGUUGACUACCCAGUGGAAUCUAAAAUGUUCAUCAGUGAAAAGAAGAUAUAUUGAGCCGGCUCAAGAAGUUAGAUGUUU